UAAUCGUUAUAUUACUAACAACUCCACCUUUGUCUAAUAAAUCUAUGUGCUGCUGCUGCUAGACAUAUCAGGACCGUCCAUCUGGUAUAGAGUUGUCCGGUCUUUAAUUAGGUUCUCGAUGCCAUACCAGUACUCGCUGACCUUUAAAAAACAUAGAAUAAGAAGUGGAAAAAGAAAAGAAAAGAGAAAUCUGCAAACCAAUUGCUUCGAAGAAAGAGCAAAGCAACCUACCAUUACCAGAUAGAAGCAUAUUUGAAGCUCAAGUGAUUUGGAAGAGCAGCGAAUGGCCAACAUUGACAUCGAGGGACUCCUGAAGGAGCUGCCUGAAGAUGGGCGUGUUCCAAAGACGAAGAUCGUUUGCACGCUUGGACCUGCAUCCCGAUCCGUCCCUAUGCUCGAGAAGCUUUUGAGGGCUGGGAUGAACGUCGCUCGCUUCAAUUUCUCCCAUGGUACUCACGAGUACCACCAGGAGACCUUGAACAAUCUCAGGAUUGCCAUGCAGAACACUCAGAUACUCUGUGCUGUCAUGCUCGACACCAAGGGACCUGAGAUACGGACUGGUUUCCUGAAGGAUGGAAAACCUAUUCAACUGAAGGAAGGUCAGGAAAUCACUGUCACGACUGAUUAUAGCAUCAAGGGUGAUGCAGAGAUGAUCUCCAUGAGCUACAAAAAACUGCCAGUGGAUGUGAAACCUGGAAAUACCAUCUUGUGUGCAGAUGGUACCAUCUCUCUGACUGUGUUAUCUUGUGAUCCAGAUGCUGGAAGUGUGAGAUGUCGGUGUGAGAACACAGCAACACUAGGUGAGAGGAAAAAUGUCAAUCUUCCUGGCGUUGUGGUGGAUCUUCCCACUCUAACAGAGAAGGAUAAGGAAGACAUCUUGGAUUGGGGUGUUCCCAACAAGAUUGAUAUGAUUGCUCUUUCAUUUGUUCGCAAGGGGUCGGAUCUUGUUCACGUGCGUAAGGUCCUUGGUUCACAUGCUAAACAUAUACAAUUAAUGUCAAAGGUUGAGAACCAGGAAGGAGUUGUUAACUUUGACGAGAUAUUGCGGGAGACUGACUCAUUCAUGGUUGCCCGUGGUGAUCUUGGAAUGGAAAUUCCUGUUGAGAAAAUUUUCCUGGCACAAAAAAUGAUGAUAUACAAGUGCAAUCUUGUGGGCAAGCCUGUGGUCACUGCUACUCAAAUGCUUGAAUCCAUGAUCAAGUCUCCUCGACCAACCCGUGCUGAAGCAACUGAUGUUGCUAAUGCUGUUCUUGAUGGCACUGAUUGUGUUAUGCUCAGUGGUGAAAGCGCAGCUGGGGCCUACCCAGAGCUUGCUGUAAAGAUUAUGCGCCGAAUUUGUAUUGAAGCAGAAUCAUCCCUUGACUAUGGAGCUAUCUUCAAGGAGAUGAUAAGAUCAACUCCACUUCCUAUGAGCCCACUGGAGAGUCUGGCAUCCUCUGCUGUACGAACUGCUAACAAGGCAAAAGCAAAGCUCAUUGUUGUUUUGACACGUGGUGGGACGACUGCUAAGUUGGUUGCCAAGUAUAGACCAGCUGUUCCAAUUCUGUCUGUGGUUGUCCCAGUCUUGACAACCGAUUCAUUUGAUUGGACCUGCAGUGAUGAGACCCCAGCAAGGCAUAGUCUGAUAUAUAGGGGGUUGAUUCCUCUUCUGGCAGAAGGAUCUGCUAAGGCUACUGAUGCUGAGUCCACUGAGGUUAUUUUGGAAGCUGCUUUAAAGUCAGCAACGGAGAGGGAGUUGUGCAAGCCUGGUGAUGCUGUUGUUGCCCUUCAUCGUAUUGGAGCUGCCUCUGUUAUUAAGAUAUGCAUUGUGAAAUGAUAUGGAACAUGCAGAAUGCCUUAGAUAUGGCUGGGAGGAGUGGUUACAGAAAAUGGACUUCUAUUUUAUUUCUUUGAGAUCUGUAUUUCAGACGUUGGAGGAUUUUAAUUAUUUACUGUCAGUCCAUGAUAUAUAUAUUACAUGGUAAUGGUGUGCUUGAAUAAUGUGAUUUUACUUGGAUAAUUGUGCAGCUCAGUUGUUUGAUUUGAUGGGCUGUGCAAAAUCCAACAGCCAGGGGCCAGGGCAUCUUUUAAUAGGUAUCUGGUUGUAUUGCUGACCCUAUAUCAUUUUCUGAUUUUUUGUGCAAAUUCAGGGAAUGUACUUGUAAAAGAUAUAUUGUUGCUGAAGGUGGAUGUCGAUGUUGGCAUGUUCUUCUCCA